AACAUCAGGCAUUUAGGAGCAGCAUGUGUCUUAUUUAAAAGAAACUUUCAUAGAUGAGGAGCCCACAGAAACCCCAAAACCCCAAGUGCAUCCCUUAACGCCCUCUCAGGUUGUUCUCUUUCUAUAUAAAUCCCCUGACCCAUUCUGGUGAGCAUCAUUCACUUGCUCUCAGUCUCAUCAUCCUGAGUAGCAGUUAGAGCACAGUGUUAAGAAGAAAAGCAGCGAGAAUGGAUAGUUGGUCCAACUUUUUGCUACUGGGUGGACUUCUCAUGGUGGCACUGCUGAAUGGAACUACUGGACAUCAGAAUCACAACCUGACUGCAGCUGUAAACACUCUGCAAAUGCAUCAUGGGUUAAGAGAAACCAAAUGGGUGGGAAAAGCUGUUUUCACUCCCUACUUGGGCAAAGUAGAGAACACUUGCACUUGUGAGAGACUGAUGCUUCUGCGUAUGCUGAAUGGUUACCUGGACAUCUUUUCGGAUAUGCUGAAAAAGGCCAAGAAUGUUGAGACUGAGACUAGUCUGAAAGAACUCCAAGAAAGUGUGAGAGAACUGAAAAACAAAUACAAAACAGAACAGGACGUGUGGAAACAACUUCACGAGAUCAACGCUAUAAAGAAAGACGACAGCACAAUCCAAGGGGGAGCGGUGAACGACUUUAUCUCUGUGUACUUUAAGGCCGUAGACGAUGGACAACAUUCCAAGAAGACCCACUCGCUACUCAAGCGUUUUCUGCACCAUUAGGAAAUUGUUGAAUAGAGCAUGACAAAUCUGCAUUAAUUUAGUCAUUUAGUUCUUCUGUGUUAUUUAUCAAACUUAAUUUAACCAUUAAUUAUACUUUUAAUUUAACCUAUUUAUUUUCAUCACAGAC